GCAGGGCGAAUCGGAGCCUCCCGUCGCGUGACAACAACAACUGGGCUUCGAGGGACAGAGGAGGAGGAGGCGACUCGCUCUCCCUUUUCCAGACAUGCAUUUCCCCCAUUUCCCUGGCCAGCACGCUCUUACCCGUGCCCUCGCCAACACCCUGUGAUUAUGACAUGAUAAGGUGAAAAGAUGUCUCCCCUGAUAGAUGUUACAAACACUGCUGUGGGCCUGCAGGUGGAGUCAAGCACUAAGAGAAGUGUAAAACAACAGAGGGAUUGUGCAAGAGGGCCAGAUGUUAACCAGCAAAGCAAGGUCAACAAGAGAGGAUUGCCAGAGAGAGUCAAGGCAAAGGAUGAAGCUGUGGCAAUAAGAAAGUGCAAUACUUGGAUGGGUGGCCCAGCAGGUGAUAUGGCUGGGGGUGCAGCAGGUUGCCUGGCCGCAUUCUCGUCCACUAGCCAGUGUCCAGCUGAGGUAGGUCUACCACGUGUUCCUCCACUCCCUCAAUCAGCUGAUGCAUUGUUGUCACAGGCAGUGCAAGCACUCAGUCUGUCACCUCCCAGUAGCAAGACGAGGACCCGUGCACACAGAAGACUCAGCAGACACAGGGCUACAAGCCAACAGGAACAUGAUGAACAAGCUUCAGAUAAUGUAGUGUUGAAUUGUAGUAAUAGUGGUCUUCCAGAGAAUUCACAAGAGAGCACUGGCAUAACUACCCCAAAGCAGUGCGGAGCAUGUGGACUCGAGUUCACAUCCACGCCCGUCCUGACACAACAUUUGGUCCGUCAUGUUUAUGAUGGGCUAUAUGCAGCGCAGUGGCUAACUCAGGCAAUGGGCCUAGUGUCCAACAACAGGCAGUUGGGGGAAGGGCCUAGCCAGUCCAUUUCCUCAGAGGACACUGGGGAACACAAUGCAAGUCAGGUCCCACAGCAAUACAGCCAAACAUCUGCCACAGGGCAUUGAAGUGUGAGGGGGUGUUCUUUCGAAGUAAUAGCCAUGGUCUGUGGGUGUGUUUGGCCAGUUUGAAUCAGGGUUUUCUUUUUACUCUUUUUUAUUUUUUAAAUAAUUAUCAGUUUUAUAUAUUCAUGUGUGGAAGUGAAUUAGAUAAUAUUUUUGUAGAGGUUGCAAUUCUUUUUUCCGAUUAUGAAUUGCUACAUUCUACAGAAAGUUCAUUUUAAAUACAUUCUGUUUUCUUCAUUCCAAGCAAAGGCCAGAUACUUGCAUUUCUAUGUUUAAAUGCUAGAUGUUACAAUUAAGUGCAAUACAUGAACUACGUAAUGUGUUUGUUAAAAGUUACUGAAAUGUAUGAAAAAAUACAUACUUUUAGUUAAUGAUUUUUAUUGCCUAACAUUGUGUUUAUUAUUGGUAGUAAUGUUGUUUAAUUUUUCAGUUGUAACAAUAAGACCCCAUGUAUAUCUGUAUCCUAGUCUUGAUUCAGCUAUUUAUACUUGUUACUUUUAAAAUUGUUAGUAGUUCCUUAUCUAAUAUUUAUGUUUUGUGGUGUAAGAUAUUUUUAACUUCCAGCCGCACUCCACCAGCUGUAUUUGUGAAUGUAGUGAGAGAAAAAAUAAAUCAUUAAGUAUUGUGCUCCAUUAAAGUUGUAAGCAUAUGAUUCAUUCACUCUAUACUUGUGAAGUGUGGCUUCAGACUUAAAAUCUAUUCCUCUGUGUUGCAUCGUCAACCCCUUUUCAGUAAACAUCAGCAGGAUGUUGAAAGACCUUUAACGAUGAAAUGGUAAUUUUAUUUUGUGCCAGUCUUACUUUUAGCUGUGGUUUAUUUCCUUUUUAAUUCACUGCGAGUGAGCCUAUACCUUGCAUUAGUUGUAAGAGGAGUGGUACCAGGGCACAUAACCUGUUUAUGGAGAGUGCUGCCACUUGUGUCUUUUUUAUUUUAUUUUUUUUAACAGAAAGUUGGAAACUAUAAUGUGAAUGUAUUAUUAUUAUUAUUAUUAUUAUUAUUAUUAUUAUUAUUAUUAUUAUUAUUAUUAUUAUUAUUAUUAUUAUUUUGUUUUUUAGGAGUGGAGCAAUAUGAGAUGUAGCCAGCAUCUGUUGAUAGAUAUUUUUUCAGCUCUAUAUCAUUCCAAGCUAUACAAUCCUAUCUACUAGGAUUCAGAUGUGUAAUUUUAUUGAACUGGACAUAUUGUGUUGCAAUGUUAUAUGUUUUACACCCAUGAUUUGUAUUAACAGGGCUUGCAAUGAUUCUGUUGAUUGAAACCAAGCCUUAAAUGUUAUCAACAUUGCUCAAAUGUGAAAGUUUUUUUUUUUUUUAUAGUAAAUAACCACUUGGAAGUACUAACUACUACUGGUAUGAAUGUGAUAGAUGGAUACGAGUUGUAACUACCAUUUCUUAUUUAUUUACUUCGGGACGUGAAUUUUUCUUUUUGUUUGGCUUGAAAAUGUAAUACCAAAGCCGCCAUCUGGAUUCAGUUGUAUCCAUGGAAUGUAAGAUUUUUUUUUUUUUUUUAAAUUAUUAUUAUUAUUUAUUUUUUUUUCAAAAUGGAUGCUUGUUUUUUUUUCAUUUACUAUUCUUCUCUCCCACCCCAUUUUUUUCUCUCUGCUUUAGUUUAGUCUCUUGUGCUUUCAUGUUUGUUAGUAUGUUAUUGGUAGGUACUAACCAAAGAACUAACUUGCAUGUUCCCGUCUUGAGAAACCUCAGUUCAGUCUAGUACAAACAUUGUGAAUCAUUUACUUAUUGCAUCAACUUGCUGUUGGAUUUCUUUUAAAAUUAGACUUUUAAACCUUUGUGUUAUCAGCAUAGAAAUUGUUUUCAUAACUAAGAAAUAGUGAAGAACUAAAAAAUUUAAACUAUGCUCAUGAUGUAGAAAUUAUGUAUUUAGUAACUGACAGUAAUACCAACUGUGUUCGUUAAUUUUGACUAUGAAAAGGCCAAGCAGUACUCCUGUAAAAUUAAUACUUGAAUGAAAAUAACUUGCUACUCUGAUAGUACAACUUUUGGUAAUUCAUACCUUUAUAGAUGAUCCACUGUCACGGGUAAGGUAAUAUGACUGGCCCCACCUCUCUCCUCUCGUCUCCUCUCCUCUCACACUUUUAUUUAUAUACUGUGUAAUAGUCAUCUCUGUUCUGCCCUUAUCAACCAUAGCAUACAGUAUGCUAAGAAUUACUGUACUUGUGCAUGUAUGUCUAAUAAUACCUUCGUUAAUUGAGAGAGACAGAGAGAGAUUAAUUAACAAUGUCUUGUAUAUUAUAGUUGAACAUUCAGUAAGUGAAUAUCCCUCCCCCUCAUUAUCAAUGACUAACUGUUGGCCAGUCAAACUUCACCUUAAAAAAGAACUUGCAGGUGUAAAUCAGUGGCUCUGCAGGAAAUUGUUGAAUUUAAAUUGGCUUAUGCUGAUGUCUUUUGAAAGAGUGUAUCUUGUCAAGAUGAAUAUCACCAGCAUAUGUAGUAAUAUUCAAUAUUAUAUCCUGUGUGUCAGUCUGUACAGACAAUGAUUACCUAUUUGAGAAUGAUUAAGUAUAAUACUGUGUUAAUCAUCAGUUUUAUGGUGAAUUUCAGUUUUUUUAGAGGCAUUAAUUGUUCAUCAGGGUAAACCUUGUUGAAAGAAAAAAGAGCAGCAUAAUUUUUUACAAAUUAUGUUUAAUGUCUAUUUCACAUUUGUUGAAAAAAAUUGUAUAAAGCAGAUUGAGAUCCAUCAUCAAACAGCUCUGUUGUGCUCUGAACUUCAUGCAUUAAUAAACUUCUCCAUAUUGGUAUUUUUCAACACUGACAUUAGAGGUCAGGUUACUAGUACAAAACUACCACCUGUUUGUGUAUGCACUUUGAUUAAUAAAUUUGUCAUUUGUA